UAGCUUGUGUAGAGCAGAACUAAUUCGAGUAAUUAAAUCUAGUUAAUUUCUAAACUCUUUGUCUAUCAACAUGAAUACCGACUUGAAAGCCUUGGAGUUGCUGUUUCAGCGGCCUUUGGAGCCGGUGUUCACCACACGUGACAAUGGCAAGACCGUGUUCGAUCUGCCUGAGAGCGUCUACACGGAUCGCUAUCGCAACAACACCGAAGAGGUCUCCAAUCGUUUUAGCCAAAAUGUGGAAACGCGCAUUCCCGUCAGAGAGCUGGCCAAGAAGCCAAAUCUUGAAUUUGCUGCCAAAUUGGGCCACAAGAAGCAAUUCUCGCUGUUCAUCAACAGCCACAAGGAAAUUGCCAGCAAGCUGAUUCAGCUCUUCCUGGAUGCACCCAACUUGCAGCAAUUCGUGGCGUUGGCUGCCUACACGAAGGAUCGCGUUAACCCGGUGCUCUUCCAGUACUGCUAUGCUGUGACUAUUGCCCAUCGUCCGGACACGCGCACUGUGCCCAUUCCCAACAUUUCGCAGGUCUUUCCCAGCAACUUUAUCGAACCAUCGGUCUUCCAGGAUGCCCGCCAGGAGGCUUCGGUGAUUGCCAAGAGCGGCAAUCGUUCCGCUUUGGAGAUACCCGCCAAUUAUACGGCCUCUGAUCGCGAGGAUGAACAGCGUUUGGCCUACUUCCGUGAGGAUAUUGGCGUGAACAGCCAUCAUUGGCAUUGGCACUUGGUUUACCCAGCCAGUGGACCCAUGGAGGUCGUCAACAAGGAUCGUCGCGGCGAGCUCUUCUACUAUAUGCAUCAUCAACUGCUCGCACGCUACAACGUCGAGCGUUUCUGCAACAAUCUGAAGCGUACUAUACCGCUCAGUAAUCUGCGCGAUGAAAUACCCGAGGGCUACUUCCCCAAGAUUCUGUCGAGCAUCAACAAUCGCACCUAUCCGGCACGCAUCUCCAAUCAGCUGCUGCGCGAUGUCGAUCGUCCCGACGGCAACAUUGAGAUCUCCGAAUUGGAACGCUGGCGUGAUCGUGUGCUGGCCGCCAUCGAUCAAGGCUUCGUUGAAAAUUCUCAAGGCACUCGUAUUCCCUUGGAUGAAGUGAAGGGCAUCGAUAUUCUGGGCAACAUUAUUGAGGCAUCCAACACACUCUCUGUGAACAAUCAGUUCUAUGGCAAUUUGCAUAAUCAGGGUCACACCAUAAUCUCGUUCGCCCACGAUCCUGAUGCCAGGCACUUGGAGGACUUUGGUGUCAUGGGCGACGUGACUACGGCCAUGCGUGAUCCCAUUUUCUACAGAUGGCACGGCUUCAUUGACUCCGUUUUCAACAAGCAUAAGGCAUUGUUGCCCGUCUACGAUAACGCUCAAUUGGGCUUCGAUGGCGUCAGUGUGACUUAUGUGGAAGCGCGCUUGGGCGCCGCUAAUGCGCGGCCAAAUACUCUGCUCACCUAUUGGCAAAAGUCGUCGGCCAAUUUGGCAGCUGGCUUGGACUUCGGGCCCGUUGAGGAUGAGAAUAUUACAGCCACAUUUAGGCAUCUGCAGAACGCACCCUUCACCUACACGUUCAAUGUGACCAAUGCGGGAGCCAGGCGCACCGGCACUUGUCGGAUUUUCAUCUGCCCCAAGGUCGACGAACGCAACCAGCCGCUGCGUCUCGAAGAGCAACGUCUGAUGGCCAUUGAAAUGGAUAAGUUUACAGUGGAACUGAUGCCCGGCGAGAAUACCAUACGCCGUGAAUCGACUGAUUCCUCGGUGGCCAUACCAUUUGAGCGCUCGUUCCGUGCCGUUGGGGCCAACUAUCAGCCCAAGGCAGCGGAUGAGCUGGCACGCUUCCGUUUCUGUGGCUGUGGGUGGCCGCAGCAUCUGCUGCUGCCCAAGGGCAAGCCCGAGGGCAUGCAAUUCGAUUUGUUUGUCAUGAUUUCGGACUACACCAACGAUUCGGUGCAGCAGCUAAGCAACACGCCCAACGAUGCCUGCAGCACGGCCUUUUCGUUCUGCGGUCUCAAGGACAAACUGUAUCCGGACAGACGCACCAUGGGCUUCCCCUUCGACAGGCGCUUGCCCAAUGAUACACUGAAUGAGUUUGUCGGUGCCUUCAGCAACAUGGCCAAGACUGAUAUCACGAUUAAGUUCAAUGAUCGUGUUGUUGGCUAAAGCAUAUGCUGCGUACUACCCUUGAUUUACCCAAACAUAUAUAUUUCAUACAUACUUUAUACAUUUUAUAUUUCGUAUAUUAUGUUUACUUCUUAAUACUCUAUAG